AGCCAAAGGAGUAAUAUGCUCGGAGGAUUCUUUCAAGUCUUCACUUCAGUCGUUUCUUUCUCUCACUAGAGUCUAGAGAGAGAAAAACGCAUAGAGGAGAGAGAAAGCGAGAGGCAACACCAAAAGUUAAAGGCAGUUGAGGGGGGAAGGUUUCAGUUGGUAAUGCUGCAGAAUCCUCUGAAGGGCAAUUCGGUCAUUUCUAUGCUCAUCUCCGGCAUUUCCGGCGGAGGACUCUGGUCAUCGGCGACGGCGACUUCCAAUGCUGGAUUAGCCAUCGCCGUCACGGCCUUCGCCGGACUCGCCUUGAUCGCUGCUGCUGUCUGUUUCACUAGUAGAGCCCUAAGACGAACUCACACUUCGUCAUCGUCUUCAAAUUCUUCUUCACCGUCUUCGUCUUCGUCGUCGUCAUCGUCGUGGAUUCAUUUGCGAUCGGUUCUAUUCGUAGUUGCUUCUUCCUCACCAGCUUAUUCUUGUUCCCCCGAUCGUGGGCGUCUCAAAUCACCAUGGUCUCGCAAGAAAAAGAAACACGCACUUUCACCUCGCCAAUGGAGAAAUAUGCUCACUCCUGAUGGGAAACUCCGUGAUGGUGGAGUUAAGUUAGUGAAGAAAGUUCGCAGUGGAGGUGUUGAUCCAAGUAUCAGAGCAGAAGUUUGGCCGUUUCUCCUAGGAGUCUAUGACUUGAACAGUUCCAAAGAAGAAAGAGACAUUGUGAAAACUCAAAAUAGAAAGGAAUAUGAGAAACUUAGGAGAGAGUGUCGGCGACUGCUAAAACACAGUGGUGAGAGCUAUAAAUUGAAGGAAAGUGGUGGAACCUGUGGCAAUGGUGAGAAUGGGAGUUUUAUUCAUGACACAGAUUCUCCUGACUCUGAAGAUGUGGUUAGUGCAAGGGAGUCCCUUUCUAGUGAGGAAAGGAGCCCAGAUGGUGAGUACUCGGACCACCCUUCCAGUACAUUGCUGGAAGGAGAGGAUGUUUCAAGACGAAUCACAUGUGCAAGUGCCUCUGUACUCAAUUCCGAGUCAUCUGACUCGGACUCUUCUGAAGACCCUGAUGUGAGUCAAACUUUCCCCUGCAUGGAAAGCAGGGAAGAGGAUGACCCAGACAUGCCUACUGGGGAGGAUUCUUCUCCUUCCAAAACAGAAGUACAUUCGAAAAUCCGUACUGCCGAGGAUUUUGCCACAUGGCAGCGGAUCAUCCGUGUUGAUGCAGUGCGUGCCAAUUCGGAGUGGAUCCCAUACUCACCAGCUCAGGCUGCAGUAUCGGAAGGCAGAGCACGCUGUUCUGCAGAGGCUGUUGGGUUGAAGGAUUAUGAUCACCUUGAGCCCUCCAGGAUAUUCCAUGCUGCUCGUCUUGUCGCCAUUCUUGAAGCCUAUGCACUUUAUGACCCUGAAAUUGGCUACUGUCAGGGCAUGAGUGAUCUACUUUCUCCAAUUAUUUCUGUGAUACUGGAGGACCACGAGGCUUUCUGGUGUUUUGUGGGUUUCAUGAGAAAGGCCCGACACAAUUUUAGACUCGAUGAGAUAGGCAUCCGAAGGCAACUCAACACAGUCUCCAAAAUCAUCAAAAGCAAGGACUCCCACCUCUAUAGACACUUAGAAAAGCUCCAAGCCGAGGACUGCUUUUUUGUCUAUAGGAUGGUGGUGGUACUCUUCAGGAGGGAAUUAUCCUUUGAGCAGACAGUCUGCCUGUGGGAGGUAAUGUGGGCAGAUCAGGCAGCUGUUAGGGCUGGGAUCGGAAAGUCUGCAUGGAGUAGAAUAAGGCAGCGGGCACCACCAACUGAUGACCUGUUGCUUUAUGCCAUUGCAGCCUCGGUUCUCCAGAAGAGAAAACUGAUUAUAGAGAAGUAUAGUAGCAUGGAUGAGAUCAUAAGGGAAUGCAACAGCAUGGCUGGCCACCUUGAUCUGUGGAAGCUCUUAAACGACGCCCAUGACUUGGUAGUCAGUCUCCACGACAAGAUAGAGACGCCCUUUUGAUUGCUUGCUGUCCCCACGACUUCUUCCUUCACUAAUUUAUAAUGGUCGGUUCUUUACUCGAUCUUUGUUUUGGAGAUGGAGGUCCUCAAAACUCCCUCUUAUCUACUGCUUGGAACAAGCAUUCCAAGGGCUAUUUAUGCAGCAGCAUUAUUCUAUUACUCACUUUCAAAGCUCAGUGGAGCAAUAGGACGAUUCAAAACCUGAAUUAUUUGGGGGACGCCAUCUCCUAAAACACGAUGCCACGGGAAAUAGGCGGGGGCUUUUGCUUAUCACCAAUAUACUGCAUUGGAUGAAAAAGGUAAGAGUUCCACAUUUGAUCCUCAAUCUUAUUUACUUGUAUUUCAUUUAAAAUGCUCUAAAAUAUGUUAGAUUUUGAACUGUGCCCAGCAAGCUGAUAAUGGAUGCUGUUGGAUUCAUUAAUGAAAGGGCAUGUGUGUCUUAGUCUUAGCCUUUCCUCCUUCCCUAAUCCAUUAUGUUUUUAUAAAAAAUUGUGUUUUGUUAAGA